AUGACACGGCUGCUUGGGCGACUAGACCGCAAGAAAGCUACGUUGACGCUAUUGACGCAGACGUUGAACCUUCGAUCAACCCAGGACAUAAAGACAUUGUUGAUGCAAAAUCAGUCAACCUUGAACGCAGCAAAGCAAGAUGUCCGAGAACCUGCGGCGUACUACCCAGAUGUACCUGACUUCCGACCAGCUAGUCCCGAUUCCCUGGAUGAAGGCAGCGUGAUCGGUGUCCCGAGGAACAGGGACUCAGUCAUUAGCACCACGGAGUUUGACUUUGACUACGACUUAAUCAACACUAAGACAUACCGACGAGCGCUCCAAAGAUAUGCCUCUUUCAGCACGCGUACCAGCUCAUCAGUGGAGCAAAGUGCGGACGAGUCGCCUGUUGCAACAUCAGAUCUCGAGCCAGUCAUGGAGGAAGAAGCCGGAGUAGAGGAUCUCAUCAGUUUCUCCCCCGAGGACUUGAGUUUGCAAACACCCUUGAGUCGGGCGACGACAUUGCGACCAGAGCUAGAAGUCACCGACUGUGAUACCCCGCCUGCGACACCACCUAAGGACGUAAAUCACAACAAGGCUGUGGCGCACGUAGAGCAGCUUAAAGCUUCUAGUUCGAAAGAAGGAAGGGAUAUAGAGACGCCCGAACCCUCCGAUGAUUCAAAGGCAAAGAGAACAUCAUCCCGCAGGAAGCUAGACAGGCGUCCACCAAGACGCCUCGCAGCAGCAGAAGCAGCAGCGGAGAAGUUUCACAGACGAAGCAGGCACGGAAAGUCGGGCACUGCAGCGGAUCAGGAGCUCGAGGUAUCAUCCAACACGGGCACUGGAAUUCUCAGCCGAAGUGUCAGCUUUGAUGAAUCACUUGCAGAUACUGCGUCUCAAUCAUCUGGGAAGCCAGAUAAGUUGAGAAGUCGGCAAACUUUGACGGAUACCCUGGAAGACUUUAGUCUCUCGGGGCACAAGGUAUUUGGAAGGGAGAGGGGAAGGCGACGGCAGGCUGCGUGA